CCGGGUGGGUUCGCACAGGUGGCUGCGGAGGUUCCAGGUCUUGAGCUUGAGGCACCGCAGAUGUUCAGGUGGGAUUCCCAUCGCAAUAAGAACCAUUAUCCAUUUGGGAGGCCAGACGGAGCAUCAAGGAGAGCAACUUCUAUGUAGCAAACCUUAACAGAAUGUGAGGACUUUUCAACAAAAACUGCCUCUUAAGAUUGUGGGAUUAGUGACAUGCUUUCCUAAAAAGCAGCAGAGUUGAAGAUGUCUCGACAGUUGGUAGCUUUGACAGUGACUACGCUUUUCGGUGUGGCAGUCGGGGGGUUUGUCCUGUGGAAAGGCAUCCAGCGCCGGAGGAGUAGAUUGAGCCGUGGGACCCAGCAGCAGAAGCAGCUGCAGCAGCAGCAAGCUCCAAGCAGGAGAGAGCUGCCCCCUCCAGAGGAGGACCGGCUGCACUCCACUGCCCCCAGAGCCUCAUGGGAAGAGAGGAUCCUUGAUGCCAAGGUGGUGACUGUGUCUCAGGAAGCAGAGUGGGAUCAAGUUGAACCCUUGCUUAGGAGUGAGUUACAAGAUUUCCCAGUACUUGGCAUUGACUGUGAGUGGGUGAAUUUGGAAGGCAAAGCCAGUCCUCUGUCACUCCUUCAAAUGGCUUCCCCAAGUGGCUUCUGUGUCUUGGUUCGCUUGCCCAAGCUGAUCUGUGGCGGAAGAACACUACCAAAAACACUGUUGAAUAUUUUGGCAGAUGGCACUAUUUUAAAAGUUGGAGUAGGAUGUUCAGAAGAUGCCGGCAAGCUUCUGCAGGACUAUGGCCUUGUUGUUAAAGGGUGCCUGGACCUCCGCUACCUAGCCAUGAGGCAGAGAAACCAUCUGCUCUGUAAUGGGCUCAGCCUGAAAUCGCUUGCUGAGACCGUUUUGAACUUCCCCCUUGACAAGUCCCUUGUACUUCGUUGCAGCAACUGGGAUGCUGAGGAUCUCACAGAGGACCAGGUAAUUUAUGCUGCCAGGGAUGCCCAGAUCUCAGUGGCUCUCUUUCUCCAUCUUCUUGGAUACCCUUUCUCUAGGAAUUCAACUCUAGAAGAAAGCGAUGACCUCACUGGGUGGAGAAAGGUCUUGGAGAAAUGCCAGGAUGUGGUAGACAUCCCAUUCCGAAGCAAAGGAAUUAGCAGAUUGGGAGAAGAGGUUAAUGGGGAAGCAACGGAAUCUCAGCAGAAGUCAAGAAAUAAGAAGUCUAAGACCGAUGUAACAGUGCCAGGCAACCACCAAGGGAGAGACCCCAGAAAACAUAAAAGAAAGCCCCUGGGGGUGGGCUAUUCUGCCAGAAAGUCGCCGCUCUAUGAUAACUGCUUUCUCCAUGCUCCUGAUGGACAGCCCCUGUGCACUUGUGAUCGAAGAAAAGCUCAGUGGUACCUGGACAAAGGCAUUGGAGAGCUGGUGAGCGAAGAGCCUUUUGUGGUCAGGCUACAGUUUGAACCUGCAGGAAGACCUGAAUCCCCAGGAGACUACUACCUGAUGGUUAAAGAGAACCUGUGUGUAGUGUGUGGCAAGAAAGACUCCUACAUUCGGAAGAACGUGAUUCCGCAUGAGUACCGGAAGCACUUCCCCAUCGAGAUGAAGGACCACAACUCCCACGACGUGCUGCUGCUCUGCACCUCCUGCCACGCCAUCUCCAACUACUAUGACAACCAUCUGAAGCAGCAGCUGGCCAAGGAGUUCCAGGCCCCCAUUGGCUCCGAGGAGGGCUUGCGCCUGCUGGAGGAUCCCGAGCGCCGGCAGAUGCGUUCUGGGGCCAGAGCCCUGCUCAACGCCGAGAGCCUGCCUGCUCGUCGGAAGGAGGAGCUGCUGCAGGCUCUCAGAGAGUUUUAUAACACAGACACGAUCACGGAUGAGCUGCUGCAAGAGGCUGCGUGCCUGGAGACCAGACCUCCUUCUCCAGGAGUGCAGAGGAUUUUUAAUGAGAAGUUCAUUCCGCACGGGCUGAAGGUGGUGCAGUGCCACAGCCAGGGCGGGCUGCGCGCGCUCAUGCAGCUGGAGAGCCGCUGGCGCCAGCACUUCCUGGACUCCAUGCAGCCCAAGCACCUGCCGCAGCAGUGGUCCGUGGACCACAACCACCAGAAGCUGCUCCGGAAGUACGGGGAAGACCUCCCCAUCAAGCUGUCAUGAGAGCUGCUGUCCUCCCAGGUUAGGACAGCUGGGAAGCUGGAGCCCAGGUGGAAGAGUCACCUCUGCCUGUUUGAAUUCGAUGUUAACUGCCAGUGCCUGUGGCACGACUCUGAAUACUAACCCAUACUGACCCCAGGGUGCUUCUGGCGCAGCACGGCUGUUAUUUUAAGGGGAGCCCAUGGUUUUGAAUUUUAGCUGGGCAGAGUGAAAAUUCUUUUUUUCUCCCUUUAUUUUAUUUUUGUGGACAAGGAAGGCCUUGAAGUUAUUUUACUCUUUCUCUCCGCUUUCCCUGUGCAGGUGGUAAAUGAAGGGUCCCCCCUGAAGUGAUUUGUCAGGACUCUCUGGCUUCUGAUACAUUUCUUUCCUCUUCAGUGUGUUGACUUCUCUCAGGGUGUCAGGUAUUGUCAGGUCAGGAAGGGGAAAAGUUCCUCCAGGGGUUGGAGAUGUGAACAAGGGUGCAGAUUCAUUUUCCCAGUUCAGCCUCAUAAUGAUAAAUUCUUUGGCUUCAUGCUGCCCCACAAUGCACCUGUUUGGGAUCCAUCCCAUCUGAACCACUUCAGUACAUUUCACAUGCUCGAGAACGCUCCCUGGAGUGCCCAGGACCAAAGCAGCAACUUCCUGCCCUGCACUUCCACCCUCACGCUGGAGGGCGUCCUUUUCUGGAACUGGGUCUUCAGCCUGGGUGGGGCAGAGAGGAGGCCAAGCACCAUCUCCCAAGAGACCUUUGAAAAUUCGCUUGGCUUUUCCUUUCAUGCUGUUCAUUGCUUGUUGCAACCCUCUUGCCCAUAACUGCAAGGUUUUUAGCUUAAUCCCUUUCUGAGAGGAAGAUUAUCUUUUCUCAGAAGCAGUAUCAGGUCCCUUCAGUGUUUCGUGUUCCAUCAGAUUGCAGUACUGACCCCUUCUUAGCGUUAAUUCUCUCUGGGAGUCAUUUGGUCAGGUUGCAGUGUGAAGAUUUCCCCAUCUCCUCUCACACCUGGGACACUGAGGUUAAUUAAUGUGUUUAGAUGUUCAAACCAGUGGUGUUUUUUAUCUUUCAAAAUGUGAGGUCGACACUUGAAGCAUGAAAUCAACUUAGUGAUUAGUAUUUUUUCUAACGUAUUAGGAAAACUUUCUUAACUUCAUAAGAUUGUAAUGAGCUUAAAGAAGAAUUUUAAGGCCAGAAUCGAACAAGAUUCUGUUUUGAUAUUGUGCCCACAUUGGUAAUGAUUGCUCUAAUAUUGAUAAAUAAAACUUCUAAGCACAAAACUC